AUGCUAUUUCUACUGAUGUACUUGGCUACUUUAACGGGGAACUUUCUCAUAGUCACAAUAAUCACCACUGACCAGAGUCUUCAUACCCCAAUGUACUUCUUUCUUCGGAAUCUGUCUGUCCUGGACAUGUGUUACAUUUCUGUCAUUGUACCCAAGGCAUGUGUCAUCUUCCUAUUUAACAACAGGGUGAUCUCCAAAGUUGGAUGUGCAACUCAGAUCUUCUUCAUGUUUUUAUGUGCUUCUACAGAGUUGCUGUUACUCACUGUCAUGGCCCGUGACCGCUAUGUGGCCAUCUGCCAGCCCCUCCACUACCACGUGGUCAUGAACCCUCAUGUUUGUGUCCAGAUGACCCUGGCUUCUGUGCUUGGUGGCCUGGUCUACGCAGGUGUGCACACUGGCAACACAUUCCAUUUGUCCUUUUGUCAGUCCAAUGUGAUCCAUCAGUUUUUCUGUGACAUUCACUUCCUGCUGAAAAUCUCUUGCUCUGACACCUUAGGCAAUGAGAUUGUAAUUCUUGUCUCUAUAAUAAUGAUAGGCGGUGGCUGCUUUUCCUUCAUCACCAUGUCUUAUAUUCACAUAUUUUCUACUGUGCUCAAGUUUCCAACCAGAGGAGAACGAGGUAAGGCCUUUUCCACCUGCAUCCCUCACAUCCUCAUAGUUACAGUCUUUCUCAGUUCAGGUGCUGCUGUGUAUCUGAAGCCAGCAUCCAACUCACUUUCAACCCAGGACAUGAUCAUUUCUGUGUUCUAUUCCAUAGUUCCUCCUUUCUUGAAUCCUAUUAUCUAUAGUCUUAGAAAUAAGCAGAUGAAGGGGGCUAUAAGGAGAAUUAUGAGAAGAAAAGUAACUCUAUUCAGGAAAGCUAUAAGAUAA